CAAAAGUGCUAUUAACCCAAAAUUAAAAGUUAGGGGGAAUUUGUACUACUUAUACAGACAGAAUAAUACUACCAGUAGUAAAAUUUCAUAAAACUGAGCCAAACGUAACAUUGAUCAAAGAUAUCAAAUAUGGAAACAGAAGGAGGAAAAGGCAAAGGGAAAAUGACAGAAAUUGAUGAUAUUGUUGAAGCAUUGGGAGAAAGUUAUGAAGGAUUAGAAGAUGUUCACAUAGAUAUUUCAAUGCUAGAGUAUGAUGAUGACGAUGACGAUGAUAAUCAAUGUGACAAUAGAAGCAAUGAAGUAAAUCAUGGCAAUGCUGCUGCUGCUACUCCUAGAGAGUUGUUUUCGUCUUCAUCGAAUCGUCGCAAUUUUCAAAGAAGAGCAUCUCCCUUCGUAUUGAAGAUUUAUGAAAUGCUUGCUGAUAUUCAGUUCAAGUCCUUGAUUUCAUGGAGCAAUAACGGGACCAGUUUCAUUAUCCAUGAUAAUCAUAAAUUUGCUGUUGAUGUUCUUCCCCGUUUCUUUCGACACAACAAUAUCUCUAGCUUCGUCUGUCAGCUCAACAGCUAUGGAUUUAAGAAAGUGAGUUGGGAUAAAUUUGAGUUUCAGCAUGAUUGUUUUCAGAGAGGGAAAGGACAGUGGUUGAGGAAUAUAAAGAGGAAGAUUAGUAAGUCCCAGAUGAAUGAGCAGUCAACGGAACGACAGGCUAUAGAUGAAACAGUUGCAUUUACAAUGGAGAAGGCGAUUGAAGAAAUUAGAGCAGAGCAAGUUACAAUGAGGGAAGAAAUUAUGAUGCUGCAACGGCAAUUAGACGUAUUAGAGAAGGAGAUGGAAGACAUUAAUGAAGCUGGGAAUAAUAUGUCCUCUAAGAAAGCCAAAAUUUGCAUGAUCUUGUUCAACUCUUUAUUUGCAUGUACACGAGGGCUAGACAGCACUGAAGUUGCAGAGGAACAGGGUGGUGAGGUAGAAGAUGGUGUUGAAAACAGCGGAAAGGGCAAUCGAGGCAAAAAAAGGAAAAUGCAAGUAGUAGAAGAGUUGGAGGGAGUUAAUGAAGGGAGGAAGAAGGGCAAUCCAGGCAAAGAAAGGAAAAUGCAAGUAAUAGAAGAGUUGGAGGGAGAUAAUGAAGGGAGGAAGAAGAUCGCCGAUGCUGCAGAUUUUAAGACUGGUUCAUAUUUGGGGAGAAUGCUCAUGGAUGAGAUGAACUUGAAUAAUUUGGCUCAAGAGCAACCUGAUAAUUUCCUGGAGUCGGAGGAGCUGGCCGGAAGUUCAACUUUUUGGACUGAUCAUGUGGAAAAAAUGGAUCACAAGGCCAUCUGUGGAGUUGAUCCUGCCUUAUCACAGUCGCAGGAAAUCCCACUUUGA